AGAAACAAUGUACCAGGAUGUAAGAACAUAUUCUCCCCAUGUUUCAUGUCGGAAGUCAUCGCAGUAAGUCCAAACCUUCCUGCAUUAUCUGCACAUUAACAGCUAAUCCGAAAGCCAAGAACUCAGAGAGCUUCUAUCCGAUAAAAUAAUCUCAAUUAGUACUAGUUAAAUCAGAGAUACUCACUUAUAUUAACAGCAACUUUGUUAUCAUUAUUCUCUGCAGUACUUCUUUUUCGACUGAGUACCACACACAAACACACCCUCCUAGCCCUUCCGCGAAAUGGUGGAUAGCUGAUAAGUGUAAAUAAGGUGAGAAUUGAGGGAAUUGCAGAUAUGAAGUGGCAGGUGUACUGUUUCUUGAUGUUCUUCUGUUACAUUGGGAAGGCUGAGGUUGAUAAUGAAGUGUCGAUUUUGUUGGCAAUAAAAGAGAAGCUGAUUGAUCCACUGGAUCAGCUCAAAGAUUGGGAAGCACCAAACAGAAGCAGAGAGAAUGGUUCAGUUCACUGUAAAUGGACUGGAGUGAGCUGCAAUUCUGAUGGUUUUGUCGAAAAGCUUGAUCUUUCCUACAAGAAUCUCAGUGGCAUUGUAUCAACUGAGAUUCAGAAUCUAAAAAGUCUCAGUUCUCUGAACUUAUGCUGCAAUGGUUUCUCAUCACCAUUGCCUAAAUCUCUAUCCAACUUCAAUGCACUCAAGAGCAUUGAUCUCAGCCAGAACAGUUUUGUCGACAGCUUUCCAAUGGGGUUUGGAAAUGUUGUUGGCCUAACUGCUCUCAAUGCUUCUGGCAAUAAUUUCUCAGGUUACCUUCCUGAGGAUCUUGGAAAUGCAACUUUACUCGAGAGCCUUGAUCUGAGAGGAAACUUUUUUGAAGGUUCCAUACCGAAGUCUUUCAAGAACUUGGGUAAAUUGAAGUUUCUUGGUCUUUCAGGUAAUAAUAUCUCUGGGAUUAUACCACCUGAGCUUGGCCAACUUUCUUCACUAGAGAGUAUUGUUAUUGGAUAUAAUGAUCUUGAAGGCGAAAUCCCAGCAGAGUUUGGCAAUCUUGCGAACCUCAAGUACCUUGACUUGGCUGUUGGAAAUCUUAAAGGUCCAAUUCCACCAGAAUUGGGGAGGCUAAAGUUACUUGAUACAGUUUACUUGUACAACAAUAAUCUUGAAGGAAAGAUUCCACCUGAAAUAGGCAACAUGUCAGCGCUGGCGUUCUUGGAUCUGUCUGACAACCUGUUGUCCGGAGAAAUUCCAGCAGAGAUAGGUGCUUUGAAGAAGCUGCAGCUCUUAAAUCUGAUGUGCAACCACUUAUCUGGCUCAGUCCCUUCUGGACUAGGAGGCUUGCCUGCAUUGGAGGUUCUCGAGUUAUGGAACAACUCCCUUUCAGGUCCGUUGCCAAGCAAUCUUGGCUGGAAUUCGCCACUGCAGUGGUUAGACAUAUCGUCUAAUUCAUUUUCUGGUCCAAUUCCAGCAAGUUUGUGCAAUAAAGGUAAUCUUACAAAGCUAAUUCUUUUCAACAACGCUUUCUCAGGUCCAAUUCCUGCAGGCUUAUCAAAUUGUAUGUCCUUGGUUCGUGUUCGGAUGCAAAACAAUAAUCUCUCUGGGACAAUACCAGUGGGAUUUGGGAAACUGCCUAAGUUUCAAAGGCUAGAUUUAGCAAAUAAUAGUCUCACUGGACAAAUCCCAAAUGACAUUGCUUCUUCAACAUCAAUCUCUUCCAUUGACUUGUCACAUAACCAUCUUCAAAGCUCUCUUCCUUCCUCCAUUCUCUCACUACCCAAUCUUCAAAAUUUACUAGUCUCUCACAAUGACUUAGUUGGUGAUAUCCCAGAUCAGUUUCAGGACUGCCCUUCACUGACCAUACUUGAUCUUUCAUCAAAUCACUUCACUGGAAACAUUCCAGCUAGUAUUGCGUCGUGUGAGAAACUUGUCAAUCUGGAUCUUGGAAACAAUCAAUUUACUGGUCCAAUUCCAAAAGCACUUGCAAUGAUGCACACACUGGCCAUUCUUGAUCUAUCCAACAAUUCACUGACUGGUGGAAUACCCGAAAAUUUUGGGAAUUCUCCAGCUUUGGAAGUGCUGAAUGUGUCCUACAAUAAGCUAGAGGGUCCAGUUCCAGUAAAUGGAAUGCUCAGAACUGUCAAUCCAAAUGAUCUUGUGGGCAAUGCUGGCCUCUGUGGCGGCAUACUACCUCCAUGCUCGCAGAACAUGGCCUUUACAUCCGGGCAAGGAAGAUUGCACGCGAGGCACAUAAUUGCAGGAUGGGUCAUUGGAAUUACUGCGUUACUAGCUCUGGCCUUAGCAGCUUUUGGGGCAAAAAUUCUAUACCAAAAAUGGUACACAAAUGGAAUUUUCUUUGAAAAGAGAUAUGAAAUGGGUAAAGGAGCAUGGCCCUGGAGAUUAAUGGCAUUCCAGAGGCUUGGUUUCACAAGCAAUGACAUUUUAGCAUCCAUAAAGGAGUCGAAUGUGGUUGGAAUGGGGGCGACAGGGAUAGUAUAUAAGGCCGAAAUACAGAGGCUUAACACUGUUGUGGCAGUCAAGAAACUUUGGAGAACUACAGAAGAUAUUGAAAUGGGGAGCAGUAAUGAUCUUGUGGGAGAGGUGAAUUUGCUAGGCAGGCUAAGGCAUCGAAACAUUGUCAGGUUAUUAGGAUUCCUUCAUAACGACGCCAGUGCCAUGAUUAUUUACGAGUACAUGCAGAAUGGAAGCCUUGGAGAAGCUUUACAUGGUAAGGAAGCAGGGAGAAUGCUGGUGGACUGGGUUCUGCGCUACAAUAUAGCUGUCGGGGUGGCUCAAGGACUUGCUUACCUUCACCAUGACUGUCACCCCUUGGUGAUCCACCGCGAUGUCAAGUCAAAUAACAUAUUACUGGAUGCCAAUCUGGAAGCAAGAAUUGCUGAUUUUGGAUUGGCAAAGAUGAUGCCUAAGAAGAAUGAGACAGUGUCAAUGGUUGCAGGAUCUUAUGGAUACAUAGCCCCUGAAUAUGGAUACACACUGAAGGUGGAUGAGAAGAGCGAUAUCUACAGCUAUGGGGUGGUCUUGAUGGAACUUCUAACAGGAAAGCGGCCACUAGAUCCAGCAUUUGGAGAAUCUGUUGACAUUGUUGAAUGGAUACGGAGAAAAAGGCUAGACAACAAAGCUCUAGAGGAAGCCCUGGAUCCCGACGUUGGAAGCUGCCAACUAGUUCAAGAAGAAAUGCUUCUGGUGCUCAGAAUAGCUAUCCUCUGUACAGCAAAGCUUCCCAGGGACAGGCCUUCCAUGCGAGAUGUUAUAACAAUGCUUGAAGAGGCGAAACCUCGAAGGAAAAGUAGCAGCAGUAGUGCUGGAAAUGUAGCUAACAAAGAUAAACCAGUCUUUAGCACCUCACCUGUAAAUGGCCUUCUGUAAAACCAAAGACAGUGCCACAAGAUGUUAUGUUAAUACUUAAUAGUCAUUCAUUUGUUUGUAUGUAGAUCUUUUUCCUUUCUCUUUGUUUAAAUGCUGAAGUUGGGGAGUAUAUGAAUAGUGAAUACUUUCCGCAUAUAAAUGUUGUAUAUUUUCUU